AAUGCGUCAAUCAUUCCUUGUGCUGCUUUUGGGUUUUCUAGUGGCCGUUUCUGUCACUUCAGCCGGUAAAGGAUUAAAGGAACGAAUCCAGCGAAUACCGAAUCCCAUUACGUCAUUUUGGCGUGGUUUGAAAGCAGGAAGUAGCAAAAUCGAAAAAGCCACUAACCGAAUCGUUGGAAAUAUCGGGCACACCCAGUCUCCAGAGCCUCGGAUAACAUUGGAGCCUUUGGAAGAAAACAAUCCAAGCAACAAGGAAAUAGUUAGCGUUACCAGCUCGUCACAUUCAUCGCAGAACUCCAACGGCCAAGGCACUACGACCUAUUCGCACAACUCGUACACCUCAACCGUCGACGGAGAAGUUGUUGAAUCGUCCUACACCAGUUCAGCUAAUGGACUGGCCAACCAACUAUAUAAUCAAAACAAAAUCAAUUCCUUCAAAGGCACAAUCGUCGUUCCAAUUUCUUCGAAUCCAGAUUACAAUAAAAAAGUAACCGUCAAAUCACCCAACUUCCCAUACGGGCGUUCCACUCCGGUCACCAGUACGUGGAAUGUUAAAGUGAGGACAAACUGCCGACGAGGGUUGGUUACGAUGAAAAUUGACGAACUUAGUCGGCUGUCAGAUGAAGAGGAAUGUUCCGAGGGAUUCUAUAGGGUUUCACCUUUCAUGAAACAAGCCAAAAUCUGUGGUCGCGUCGACACCGUUCCACCAUUCCAAUGGUACGUGGAGGGUCAAGAACCAGAAGAUGUUACCAUUAGCUUGAAACACAAUGGACUUAACGAUGGGUAUUCUGAAGGCUUGGGUUUCAGUCUUAAAGGUGAAUGUCUUCCCAACGAUUUUGAUAUGACCAGAGGCAAAGCCUUGAAAUCCUAUAGCAGUUGGCUGCAACAGCUGUACAGAGACUCUGCAACUUACGGUUUUCCUACUGUGGUAAUACCGGGUUUCAGUUUGGCCAACGUUGCUUUGCCAGAAACAACUACUGAAGGGGACUCGACUGAUUCGUUGUACAUUGCUCCUCCUCUGCAUCAUGGUUUCGAGCCACCUAUACAACCAAUAUCUCCAGACCAAUUAUGGAAACCAACAUUGAAUCUCAACAAUCCGACGAAUUUGCCGAUUGUCUCAACUACUUAUGCAGAAACUACUCCAGCAGCAGUCACUUCUGUUAUUCAAACGUCAACUAUUUCCCAGCAACCGCCGUUACCAGAAGAUGCCACAGACUAUUCCAGUAAUGAUAGUAUGGAAAUGUUACAAGUACCAAACGUCCCUGUUGAUGAAGACCUGGGCGAUGCAAUUUCGUAUAUUACAACGAUCUUGGAGAAGCCACUCAAGGCACGUAAACCAUUACCAAAGCAGUAACACUAUUUGACCUACAAAACAUAGCCAUGAAAGUUCCAGUUGAUUGAGAAUUGAUAAUCUUUAGCUAGACGUUUGCAAUCAACGUCUAAACUUGUUAUAAAGUUGGCUUAUGAUGUACUCUCACUUUGUAUAAUAUCACGCUUCA